AUGUUCAAAUUGGUGGUGUUGUUCGCUCUCGUAGCCAUGGUUGCUGCCAAACCCAGCGGUCUGUUCGUGGAGACCUACAGCGCUCCGUUGGUGCACGCAGUUCCAGCGGCAGUCAGCCACACCUACAGGCAGGACGUGAUCAGCAAACCCGCUGUGGUGGCGUACUCCGCUCCUGCUGUGGUCCACGCUGAGCCCGUUGUACACGCUGCGCCCAUCGUCCACGCCGUUCCUGCUGCUGUUAGCUACAGCCACAGAAGCGAUGUUAUCAGCAAGCCAGUUAUCGCUGCCUACAGCGCCCCGGUGUUGGCUUACUCGUCUCACCCAUGUGGGUAG